AUGAAAGAAUACAGAAUCUUAUAUCUGUUCGUAUUAUUAAUCUCUGGAUAUUAUGCACAAGAAACUACAACAAUUUCACCAUCUAGCUGGAAUGGUGAUCCGAGAUUAUGCACAGUUGAUCCAUCAGCGCCCGUGACAAAUGAUAGACCUUUACCAAUAUUUCCAAAUCAAACGGAAUUUACUUUACAGAGGGUAGAAGUAAAACAUAUAUUAAAUGUGACAUUACAGAGUGUUUUAACUAUGUAUCAAUAUUUAUAUGAUUAUCAAGCUAAUAAGUUAAUUUUGGUCCAAAAUGCUAAUGGUUUUGUUGAUGUUGAAUAUUUUCAUUAUGAUAAAAUGAAAAAAGCCACUUACUACCGAGGAGAUAUUUGUUACGUUAGUAAUAUUACCACGAAUAUUGACAUAGAUGGCACAUCGGCUAUUCAAUUAGCAGAUAAUUCAUGGCAUAUUCGUCCAUUGAAUGAAUUUCUACUAUUUUCUAGUAAUGAUCCACGGCGACCAGCAAUUCAACCAAAAUAUCUUGGUACAAGUAUAGUACGUGGAAUUCCAGUCGAUCAAUGGGAAUCUUGUAUAGUUGAUCGAGUUAAUUUUCGAACUUAUCGACGUGCAUGGUCAUUUGCACAAAAAGGUUAUGAAGCACCAAUUGGUACUGUUGGUGAUAUAGCUUUUCCAGUUCAAGCAAUUAUCAAUGCUUCAGUUGCAUUUCCAAAUGGUACACAAGUUAUUGAAUUUGAUGAAAUAUUUAAUGUUUAUGCAUACAGACCAGGAAUUAUAGAAAAUCCUACUCAAUUAGCUCCACCAAAAGGUGUAUUUUGUGCUUUUGGUCCAAGUCAAACUUUAAUGUCUCUUCAACAAGCUGGUAUUCGCUGGCCUGAUCGUUUUAGUGUUCGUGUUGACGCAUCAACAUCACGUAAUACACGAUGGCAAAGAUUUCAUCUACGUUAUGAUCGUGGUCGUGAACGUGGUUCAAGACGUAUUCGUUACGAUUAUUUACCAAAUGAUGGAGAAGAUUUUGAAUCUAUUAUACAUGAUUUUAGUGAUGAUUUAACAUAUAUUAUUGAUCGUCGUACUGGUACAUGUAAAAUUAAUCGUGGUGUUGAAUAUCCUGAUGUUAAUCCAAUUCGGGAUCCAGCUAGCUUCUUUAUUAAGAAUGAAGAUAGAUUUUUUAAUUCACGUGAUGCCGUUUGGGAAUUUAAUGGAUAUCGACCAUGUCGAGGUAACGCAAUUCAAUGUGCAUCAGUAACAACUUCAAUUGAUAACUUUCCUGUUAUGGUAGAACCUGAUACUGGUAAACCAAGUGGUGAAACAUGGGCAGCAACAAAUAUGGAAUAUGCAUGGUCAGUGCGUGCACCUUUUUCACAAGCAGGACCUAAUGGAGAAAAACGUUUUGAUUAUCCAGUAUAUUUAUAUUUAAAGUCAUUUCGAUUUGCAGAUCCAACUAAUCCAUCACCAUUGAAUCUUAUUACUGAAGAUAUUGAAUAUGAAUUUUAUGAAAUGUCUCAUGAAUGGACUUCUAAAGAUUUUGAUGUUAGUAUAUGUUAUCGUUCAAGUGGUUUCGAAUAUUUACAUCUUGGAUUUAUGCUUAAAAUUAAUCGAAAUAGUGUUUUUGAUGGAAAUCAUUUGAAUAGACGUUUACUUGAAAGAGAAGUUCAUAUUAAUCUAGCUGAUAAAAUGCAAAUAAGUUAUUCACGUAUUGCUGAUAUUGACAUAUUUCAUGAAGAUACUACAAAUGAUAUUAAUGUUUUCUUUACUUUACUUGGUCCAAGACCAAAACCGGAAUCAUCAACUCUUGUUGCUGAUGAUGAACCAACAGCUGCACAAUCACGAGAUAAACUUAGAGAUGCAAUUAAUGGUGGAACAUUUCAGUUCACAAUGCGAUUAACUGAUGAUGCAACAGCAGAAGUUCAAUUUCAAGCAACAGCUGAUUCAUUAAAAGAUUCGAAACAAUUUAUGUCAACUCAUGCAGUCGGCAAUCGAGGAACUAAAGAAUCAUAUUCAGCAGGUGCACAAGCUGGUGCUGUUAUUGGUGGAAUACUUGUUGGCCUUGUUGCUGGUAUUCUUGUAGCCGCAGUAAUUCGACUUGUACGUAAAGAACCAAUGCCAGCUUUACCAUCACUGCCAACGUCAAUUUCAAAUCCCUUGCCAAAUAUUAGUUUUUAUAAUAAAAAACCACCAACUGAUGUAAAAUCUACAUCCGAUGCUUAA